AUGGCUAUCGAUGGCCUGAGGACGGUGGACGACGAAUGCGACUACACCGAGUCCCACACGACCAAAAAGACCACACCAGAGUCCCGCACGACCACUAAGACCACACCAGAGUCCCACACGACCAAAAAGACCACACCAGAGUCCCGCACGACCACUAAGACCACACCAGACUCCCACACUACCACUAAGACCAUACCAAAGUCCCGCACGACCACUAAGACCACACCAGAGUCCCACACGUCCACUAUGACCACACCAGACUCCCACACGACCACUAAGACCACACCAGACUCCCAUACGACCACUAAGACCACACCAGAGUCCCACACUACCACUAAGACCACACCAGAGUCCCACACGACCACUAAGACCACACCAGAGUCCCACACGACCACUAAGACCACAUUAGUUCCCCCUAAGGUCGCUAAUGGAGGUGCAUUUGUACCGCGCGCUUUGCUGGUGCAGGUGCGAGGUGAGGUUAUGGGGCGCUGGAAGCCUGGUAACGAGGGUUACCCUCAGAAGCCUGUCAAUGAGGAUUACCCUCAGAAGCCUGGUAACGAGGGUUACCCUCAGAAGCCUGUCAAUGAGGGUUACCCUCAGAAGCCUGGUAACGAGGGUUACCCUCAGAAGCCUGUCAAUGAGGAUUACCCUCAGAAGCCUGGUAACGAGGGUUACUCUCAGAAGCCUGGUAAUGAGGGUUACUCUCAGAAGCCUGGUAACGAGGAUUAUCCACAGUAG